AUGGCUCUCAUCACGUCUCCAUCAACAGUUGUAUUUGAUGCCAAUGGCGGUAUCACGCAGUACACCCUAACCAAUACUGGACAAACAAACCUCAUUUACAAAAUUAAAUGCACCAACUUCGAACGUUAUCGAUUUAACACCUUGGAGGGAUUUAUUGCAGCAGGAGAAACGCAGAAAAUUGAAAUCAAACGAAUGAAAGGACCUCCAGGAAGAGAUCUCUUCUUUUUACACUACGCAGUCGCUCCACAAGGUUCAAAAAAUCCACAGGAAGUAUGCACUUACGUAAGACCAAUAGCUCAAAUAUAUGUACCCAUGUAUGCGUAUCUCUAA